AUGCUGCUUAGAUUCCAGCCGUUCAAAGGGAGGAGCUACUUGCACCUACAGGAUCAGAAUCUCUCCCUUCUAACGAGAGUUCCAGAAGCUGAAUACGACCACAUCGAAUCACUUGAUAACGAGAGCAACCAGCCAACUGGUUCCCCCAUCGCUACCCCGACCUCCUUAUUCGACGCCAUAUCUGAGCAGCUUCGCUCGGGGUUGGAAGCGGUAUACAGGGAGAUGGAGUUUGCCGCCCAGUCGCAGCUCAGGCGGUCCACCUUGGACCGAUGCAAGCUCGUCGUGCGGCUGGGGAAGCUGCUGUUCGGGCCGCCGUUUGGAUCGCCAGAGUCGCUCCUCCCCAGCCUACCGCCGUUCACAGCUGGUGCAUUGGAAUCUACCCUAAACAGGCGCGCUCAGCGCCUGCCAACCAGGGUGCAUCGGUCGCUGGAGACAGGCAUGCCUGAGCCGCUGUUCCAAGCCGUGGAGAAUAUUGUGAUGACGGGGGACGGGGUCAGCACAUGCACGAGAGAGAAGUACCACAUACGGGUACAAGACACGGAACAGGUUGACACGGAGUACAAGCUGAUAUGCAAGCCUGAUCCGGAUGGUUCAGGGGUUAUCCUCGUUAAGGUGAAGCACAACCCACUCCGCUAUGCAGUCAUCGACGUCUCUCGCCCCUCCAGAGCCAUUGACUUCCGCCUCAUGCUCUCCACCGACACCCGCGUCUGUGCUCUCGACGAUGCCACCCGGUCAGCAUGUGAGCGCAUAGCAUCGACCGCAAUCAUCGAGGAGAGUGGAAAAGGCGGCCUGCACUGGCCCAUCACACUCGACUUUGACGUCGGGAUGAAGGACGCGCGCUCACCGUCCCACGCACCAGCAGCACCACCAGCGCCGUCGCAUCGCUUCAGAGUGAAGAGUGUGCGGCAUCAGAAGCGGCUGCGGGUUCGGUCGGGCGGGCAGGUGUGGAAGCUGUCGCGAGUGAAUGGGGUGGAAUAUGACCAUGGGGGAGGGCGCCUCACGAAUGAAGUGGAGUUUUCCCUGCUGGCCUGGCAAGAUGCCAUGAAGACAAAGCAGGAGGCAAGGGAUGGUACGGCUGUUGCCCCUUCUCCCUCUUUCCUGCCGGACGAGCCUUCACCCAAAGCCUACUCGGCGGGAUCUUGCUUUGACCCUAGCUUGCAGCAGGCAGCACCACAGUGGACUCCAGACAGCAUUCUUGCCGAUUGUCCCUCCCUCAUUAACUGGCUGCAGGAGCACUUGCCAUAG